GGAGUUUGGCAUUCGUGAAAAUCGGUCGCACCGCUAAUGGUUUGGUUUUUCACUGAACUGACUGUCGGUUUCUCAAGUAGACUCUGAAGAGGAUUAAUUCAUUUAGCUACAGUAGUGGUACGGUGGGCGGAAGAAUACGAGGUGGUGUGUGAGAAGUGGGAGUUGAUUUUCCUCCCCCCAGCUCCUCAGUGGCUGGUUUAAGGAUAAGCACUCAGAAGAUUUAAUAGUGGUAGCCGAGGAGUUGAUGUUAGUUUCGCUCCAUUCCAGAAGGAUAUCGUUGAAGUGACACUGACUGCAUUACGGAAGUAUGGAUGUUGGGGAAUUGAAAUGAGUUACACUUCUCAACAGGGAGGCAGUCGGAAUAAAGGAAAAAGAAAGUAACGACGACUAAUUACACUUGUCUGCUUUAGCUGUAGUGCACGUCCAUAGUGAAGUUUUUCCGCUGGAAUAAGGAGAAGUUGUAACUGAAAGCUGAUUUUUCUUUUGCUGGUUUUACUCGGUUCUAGUUUGUGGUAGUGCGAGUUCCACAAUAGAAAGCAAUUUCAAGCUGCGGUUAUAAGUAAAUGAGCAACUACAUUCUGUGAACUUCGAAAAGUAAUCAUUGAAUAUUUGCUAGAAGUGUUGUUGACCCUCAUAAUUGGAGAAAGGAGUAAAAGUUUGUGAAGGUGAAGUGAAAUUACCAGAAUGCACUCUGCAAGAGUGUCUUUGUUGUCGUGAGCCCCAAUAUCAGAGAGGUAAACAAGUGUAUGUGGAGGAGUUUAUCCUGAAGAAUGAUACUUCAAAGGGAAAAACAUCUUGGUUCUUACAUGCCGAUAGCAGUACCAUAGACGUUUCCACAGCAAUUCAUACCAAAACCGUUGGAGAAUAAUACAUACGCUUUAAGUACUGGAUUCAACAACACGAUUUGCGUCCAAAUUAUGAACAGUUGUUGAGCGAGCAAUCUGAGCCUUCUAUUGUAAUUACGGACUGGAUACGUCGGUCUGUUGGCUCUAGCUGACGGUUCCUACUUUUGAGCUCGUAAAAUGCUUGUACCGUGACAGUUACGACUGCAAUUACAAUUAAAAUUUUCAUCAGAAUACAAAAAAAGUGGAAACGAAGGAGUUUAGUGCCGCCUCUGAGCGGAAUAGCAAAAGCAAUUAAAAUAUUGCGUGAAAAAUUUUAAUUUACGGUCUUUGUGCGGUAAAUGACUCCAUACUGGAUACCGUGGUGGAAUUUUCCCCUAAAAGUACGUUGCGUGCGUGAUGUGAAACGUUUUCAGUGUUUCGAGAAGUAUCGAUAAGGAUGUGAAAUGGUUUUAAUUUUACAAGCAGUUUCAAAAAGUGAAGAAAACAUUCAGUAAAGGAUACCGUUUUACCUGAUCUAGGAGUUUGUACUUUUCAAGCUCAUCAACCCAUGUCAGACUGAAACCCCCCCCCACCGACAAACGAUUAAAACGUCAAGCCACCCCGGGUUAGGCGUUCCUGUAUGAACCGGGACAGCACUUGUGGAUUUAAUUUUUGCCCCAGUUUAUUACCUUGAGACCCGAUUGUACAGUGUGGGUUAUCAUCACAAAGCUGAGUUCAGGAUAAAACGGAAAACGGGAACGUUAAGCAAACAUCAUUAAACUUUCGUCCAAGUUGGGCCCGUCAGUUGUGCAAACUGGAACAAACUCUGCUGCAGAAUUGACGGCGAGUCAAACCAAAAUAAAACAUAAACGAAAUAUUCUUAGGAAAACAACAGUCGGACAGAAUGGUCUGAGAGUGCCAAGUGGGGACGAAUGUGGUUUAGUACGGCUGUUUGAAAUUUCAAACAUAUUUCCCCCAAAUGCUUGCACUGUUUCUGCCCAAAAAACCGUGAAAAUUUCUCCGAAAAUUUGGCAUGUUUCCGGCAGGAAAAUAUGAGAUGGCAUUGAGACGUACCCACCUAAGUCAUGAAUAAAUGAUUUUAAUGAAAAAUAAAUAACAGUGAAUACAACUGGAAGCAGCAAAGAGGCUUGCUUCGUCGCCCGUCGAAUGGAUGGUUCGUGGACCGGAAACAAGUGGAUUUGAGAAGAAUUGUUUCCAGAUAAAUAAAUAUCUGCUGUGUAUUUACGUGGCACUUCUAAUUAGUGUCGUUGUGUGUAGUCCAAUGUUUCAUAAAUACUGAGGAAUAGCUGUUUUUAGUGUCAAGAAGCUCUUUCAGUGGAGUCGAGUUAUUUGAGUGAUUUCGCGAAAUUGGGGCAACUUUGCCGGAGUGAAGUGACAAUGUGGCUUUUUGCUUUUUCUCUCAUCGUGAUCGUGUGCGCAGCCAAAUGUACCGAUGCAGACGUUUCCGUUGAAGCUGCUUUUCAAGGUCGUUGCGGUCAUGGCAGCCCUUGUGAACAGCUUUGCUACGAACUGCAUGAUGGAAUGUACGAAUGCGACUGUACGGAAGGAUUCGAGCUGAACAAGAAUGGAUACAGUUGUCAAGAAAUCAACUCAACAUCGACGGACGAAAAUUCGUCGGCUGUGGAGGAGGACGUUCUAUACCAGCGGGGUGCGUCGUUCAGUGCCAAGCUGGACAUGUCCGAUUUGCACAUAUCGAUGAAAACCUUCGACGAUGAGGACGGCGAUGGAGAUGGCGAGGGCAGCAUGAAACCAAUAAAUUUCAAUGCACUCGAUGGCGCUCUAUCGCUGAGGAAAGCUAAUCAUAAUUGGAAAACGAACAACUCAAAAGUGGCUUCGUCAAAAUUGUCCGGUGGUGGCCGCGGGCAAACCAAUUCCGUUAAUAGUAGCAAUAACGGCGUCCAAAAGAGACCAAUCAGUAGUGCUGGCAAAAGUAAAAGCGACAGUAGCACCACUAGCUCCAGGUCAGUUCGUAUGGAAAUAACCGGCGACAGCUCAUUACAUAUGCAGGACACAGACGGAAGCAAUCCCGGUGAAAUAAAAGCUCUCGCGCUUACGGCAUUCGAUGAUGAUGACUUUGAUAGCUUUGAUAGAGCAGAGCCAGUAGCUACCGUUUCACCACCUGCUGCUGCGAGUGAGGAAAGCACGACAACGGCAGGUUCUACUCUGGGAUCUACACCCGUCGUGACAAGGGCGCCCUGCACGCUGGAUUGCGGCUAUGAGGGAAUCUGCAGCAAUGGCGAAAGCGGACAGCAACAUCGAUGUCUUUGUCCUUUUGGCAAAACUGGCCCACGCUGCGAAGAAGAUUCCCAAAUCAACACACCGCGUUUCAAUCAGCAUUCGUGGCUUGCCUUUCCAGCACUGCGGGGUGCAUAUAAACACGUUCAGCUCCAUAUCGAAUUUCGGCCGGAAUCCUUCGAUGGCAUUCUGCUGCUGACAGGUGAAAGAGACGAUCUAAGUGGCGACUUCAUGGCACUACUUAUACACCAGGGAUUCGUGGAGUUUUGGUUUGACUGCGGAUCUGGAACGGGACGAGUGCGUUCGGAGGAAACGAUUGUCUUGAAUCAGUGGAAUACUAUCACAAUCUAUCGGCAUCGUUGGGAUGCUUGGCUGGUGCUGAACCAAGGAAACCGGGUGCAAGGACGCUCGAAGGGUCUCUUCUCCCGAAUCACUUUCCGGGAGCCGGUAUUCCUCGGAGGAUUUGGCAACAUCACAGGCCUGGAUAAGAAGCUUCCCGUCACCAAUGGCUUCACCGGGUGCAUACGAAAGUUUGUCGCCAACGAGCAUGACUACAAUUUCCAUCCGGUGCCACUCGGUGACGUUUCCCGGGGUUUCGAUAUCCAGGAAUGUGUCACCGAUCGGUGCAGCCGGUACCCCUGUCAACAUGGAGGCAAGUGUCUGCCCUCGGAUGACGGUGCAAUCUGUCUUUGUCCGCUGGGAUUCGGCGGUGAUUUAUGCGAGAUGAGACUGGAUUUACAGGUGCCUUCAUUCAACGGAUCAUCCUACCUUCGGUUUCCUCCAUUGGGAGACAGCUGUAUUAUCUGGUUUGAGCUUAAGAUUAUCAUCAAACCCCUUCUGGAGGACGGGCUGCUGCUGUACAGUGGCCACCACGAGUACGGGGACUACAUCUCGCUGUGCCUCAACAUGGGCUACGUGGAGUUCACUUUCGAUCUUGGCAGCGGGCCAGCAACAGUGAGAAGCGAAUUUCCUCUGACGAUGGGUCAAUGGCACACAAUCAAGGUUUCCAGAACAUCUCGACUGGCAGUCUUAAAGAUCGAUCAGCUGCCAGAAGUGAUGACGGUCUCGCCGAACGGAUUCUGGCAUCUUUCGUUGCCACACAGCUUGUACCUGGGCGGAGUGCACAACAUCCACACGCUGCCGAUGAGCCUCAGGGAUAAAGGUUCCUUCGCCGGAUGUGUUCAGAAGGUGGACAUCAACGACCGCACCAUUUCCAUAAUCUCGGAGGCUCUCGGUGGGUCAAACGUGGAAAACUGUCCGCAUGCUUGCGUUGCCCGACCCUGUGGACCGCUAGCCAAAUGUGUUCCCAAUCUGGACAGCUACGAGUGCCAAUGCAACCCACAGAACAAGCAAUGCAACCAGGCGGAAGAGCUGCCAUCGGAAGUGAUUGAACAGCGCCAACGACUGUUGAAACUCCAUCAGGUGCACCGUCAGGAGCAGCAACUCUUGCAGGAGGAACAGCAACAGGAAGACGAUGACUACACAACUACGAUGAUUCCUUCGGGGAAACCAGGUGGCGAUAAAGGAGCUAAUGGGGGCACGAGCAGCGGGGAAGAUGAUUACUAUUAUUAUGAGUAUGAUGAUGAGAGCGACGGUACUGACCCAAAUAGCAACGGACAACCUAAUGAGGACAUUGGUCGUUUGAAAAAUGUGGUGAAAAUAGUCACUAGACCUGAACGGGAACAGGCGGAUGUGACCACACAGAUUAAUGGCGGUGACAACGACGAAGACUACCGCAACGAAAAGCGAAAGGGUCAAAUGGUGGGGGUUGAAACUAGUACAAAGAGCAAUAGUAAAUUGCAAAAUUAUGACGAUGAAGAUACUUAUGAUGACAAGAGUUACUCUAACCCCAAUGAUGAUGGUGAAAAUAAGUAUGGAAAUUCCGGUUCGCCAGAUGGGGUAAAUCGAUUUUUAAAUCGGCAAAAUAAUCAACAAAGCAAAAAUCUAUCAAACAAACCGAGAUCCCAUGAAAGUAAAGCUACUGCCACCACAAACAACGACAAUGCAAUAAAUGAAGAAACCACAGAUGGUCCACAGUAUGAGAACGACAGUUACGGUGACUUUAACGACGGUUUUAAUAGAGAUUAUGACCAUAACGGUGACAGAAUACCCUAUCGUCCUGAUCUAUUGAAAAAAUCUGGGAAUGAGCAAAGGACGAGACCACACAGGAAACAGCCAGAACGGGACCCGGACAUUGACGAAACGUUAAUGGAAGAGAUGAAUCGAAUAAUGAAAAAUAAAGACGAUGGAUACGAGAGCGACGACGAUUCAACCGAUGGAGGCUCGGUGGGAUGGGAACUAGCGAUGGACGAUGAGGAAAUCAGGCACACGGGCACUCGGAUGGGAGAAGUCGUCGAACGGCAACUGAACUCGGUGGAUGACGAUAACGAAAACGGUAUUGAUGGCAACCGCGAUGCGAUUGAUGUUGAUGGAAAGAAAAACAAUAAGCUUCGUGAUACGAAUACCAACUUUAGCAAGGGUGCAGCGAAAAUGGCAUCCAGUAGUGGCGCGAGUAGCAAUAGCAGGAGCAGCAGCACAAACAACGAUCGGCAACAUCAGAAGCAUUUGGUGGGGGAGGAGCAGGACGUGUCUCGAGGCGUGAAGUACAAAAACAAAUACUACCGGCGGUAUCAGGGGGCGUGCUUUACCGGCACGGAGAGUUUCUUUCAUUAUAGCGACGCAGAAACUAUGCGGCGGGUGAUCAGCUACGAAAUUGAUUUGAACCUGCGGUUUAAAACGCAUUCGCCCAAUGGGUUGAUACUGUGGACGGGUAGGCAUAGUGCACUAGAAGGAGAUGACUUCCUGUCGCUGGGGGUUGAGAAUGGAUUCCUCCACCUGCGAUACAACCUGGGGUCAGGUGAAGUGAACAUCAAAUACAACUCAACCAAAGUCAGCGACGGGCUGUGGCAUCGGGUGCGAGCUUUGAGGAAUUCCCAGGACGGUACGCUGAAGGUUGAUGGCGGAAAGUCCAUCACUCGGAGGUCACCGGGAAAGCUGAGGCAGCUCAACACAGACACCGGACUGUAUGUCGGUGGUCUGCCGGCUGCAUCCUUCUAUACACGACAACGGUACUCAUCCGGUAUCGUGGGCUGCAUCUCAGAGCUGAUACUGGCUGGCGAGUUGCGGCUAAACUUCGACUCGACGAUACUGGGCACAGCGCACAACGUGGAACCGGGCGCCCCGUGAAGGUAGAUUUAGGCGGCGAGCGUCAAAGCCGGACAGCAGUCGUCUUCGCUGCCGCCGAAUGAUGAUAUCGCUAGAACCACUUCUACUAACACUACUACUACCACUACAACUACUACUAGGGCAACAACGGCUACUGCCAACACUACUAGGAGUAACAUCAAUUGAAAACGUCCAUCAGCGAGUUGGGGUUGGUUGGGAAUGGGGAGCGGGGAAUGGGGUGGUCUCAAAGGUGUCCAGUAUACAAAUUGAAAGGGUUCGCAUUACGAGCCGAGCGUGAGAGAAGAUUGCGAAUGAUUGCAGGCAAAGCGAAGGACUACGUCUGAUAAAACGGUUGUGGAUGCGGCAGGAUUUGAGUGCGAGAGUAUAAGGGAUAGAAUGCAACAGCAGACAGAUAAACUACGCGGAAUACAUACACACCGAUUUAGACUAAAUGAAUUUUUUAUAUAAGGAUGAGUAUCUAGGAUAACAAUUUAAGAGUAAGAUAUAGGUACUGAUGAAAUGUAAUAUUAAUGUUAAAGAGCGAAAACUUAUGGGAUAAAACGGAAACCGGAGUCGACUUCGUCGAAUUGAAUGUUCAAUUGAAGAGAAUUUGCAUAGUGGAGAUUGAUGCAUUGUUGGAAUCGUGGCGGUUGAGGAAAAAAGCGUUUAGUUUGUUAUGUUGUAAAAUUAAAUAAGGCAUAUUUGAAGAUCAUACCAAGACCAACAAUUAAUAAAACAGUUCGUUAUAAAUGUGAAAAAAGUGAAAAUCUCUGAAUGGUACGCAAUUGCAAAGUAUCACUCGUUGCAGUCAUCAUUAGGUUCUAGUUACAUCAAAAUAUUAUAAAACUUCAAAGUUUCGUAAAUAUUUCAAUAUUUCAAAUUGCUUGUAUUUGACCAGAGGCCGAUAUUUCUUCAUUAAAUUUUGAAAUUUCCCAAGUAUUAUUGCCAGCUGAAUAACAGCUUAUUCAUUUGAAAUGCUGUUUAAACAAUCUGUUUCCAGCUGAAUAAACUAUUAUUCAGCUAGCAAUGUAACCUGUGUGCUCCAAUAUUUAUUAUAUAUUGGUGAAUGAUAGGCCAUCAUAGGUUUGGAGCAUUAUGGACAAAUUAGUUCUAGAACAUCACUAGGUCAGGUAGGGUUAAACACACAUCAAAUUACUUUUAGCACUGUACUGUUAUUAGAAAACUAUAUGUUUUCGAACAACAAAUAUUAAUUAUAAUAAAACAAGGGAUAGAUAUAUGUAUUAUUUUGAAGCAUAUAAUGGCUAAAUACAGUGAUUUACAACGUUCGUAAAGAAUUAACAGACGUUAUUACAUGAGAUUGGAUAUUGAAGAUAAUUGAAAUUUUGCUCUAAUUCGGUACCUGAUGGUCUACCGAAAUUGAAUUCUUCGGAUCCAGGGUUCACUUCCUCUCACCCGAAAGGUAUAUUACGGUAGCUCGAUUAUUGUAUCAUGACUUUUUUUUUAAUUUCUUGCAGGAGAGCAUAAGCGAAUCAAACUUUUAAUCAAGACAGGCGAAGAAAACAGUAAAUUGCGUGCACAACAACACACAUCAAAAACU